UAAAUAAAGGUCUCUUCUCUGUCCAUCCACUUGAUGGGCUUUUCUCUUUGACGCUUUGGAUAUCCCCAUCUUCCCACAUCACCCAAUUCUGUGCCUUCCCUCUUCUGAGCUCUUCCCUUUUCUGGUAGCAAUCUAACUUCAAUAUCAAUGGAAAUGGAAGGCUCCGAUAAUGAACGUCUUGAUUUUGGGAAGAUGGGUUAUGGAUGCAAGCAUUACAGAAGAAGAUGCAAGAUUAGAGCUCCCUGCUGUAAUGAGGUCUUUGAUUGUCGCCAUUGUCACAAUGAAGCCGUGAGCAUGUUGAGCAAUCCCUUUGAUCGGCACGAAAUUGUUAGAUAUGAUGUUAAGGAAGUUAUUUGUUCAGUUUGUGACACAGAGCAGCCAGUAGCUCGCCUCUGUACAAAUUGUGGCGUUAAUAUGGGAGAAUAUUUCUGCAAAGUGUGCAAAUUCUACGACGAUGAUAUCGACAAAGGGCAGUUUCAUUGUGAUGAUUGUGGGAUCUGCAGAGUUGGUGGUCGUGAUAAUUUUUUCCACUGCAAGAAGUGUGGAUCUUGCUAUUCGGUGAGUCUGCGUGAUAAUCACUCGUGUGUGGAGAACUCCAUGCGGCAUCACUGUCCCAUAUGUUAUGAGUAUCUCUUUGACUCAUUGAAAGACACUACCGUGAUGAAAUGUGGGCACACAAUGCAUUGUGAAUGUUACCAUGAGAUGAUGAAGCGUGACAAAUACUGCUGUCCCAUAUGCUCCAAGUCAGUGAUUGACAUGUCCAGAACCUGGAAGAGAAUAGAUGAGGAGAUUGAAGCAACCAUCAUGCCUGAGGAUUACCGGGAUAAGAAGGUUUGGAUUCUAUGUAAUGACUGCAACGACACUACCGAAGUCUUCUUCCACAUAAUUGGGCAGAAAUGCUGCCACUGCAAAUCAUACAAUACCAGGACAAUUGCCCCUCCCAUUCUUCCUCAAUGAGCAGCAGGUUAUUCUUCUACGGAAUUGUUCAGGUGGCUAGAUGCAUUAAAAGCUACGGCAAACAGAAGGGAGCUCUUUUACUGCAUCUUCAAAUAGCUUCGUCCUAUUAUUCUUCUUUUUCAUAUGAUUCAUAGCCAUUACAUCAUGACUCAAAUGACUAACAUUUAUUUGUGUGCUUCGUGAACGUUUCUGAGGUUACUCCUCCAAUUUUAUGGAGUUAAAAACCGAGUUCAAUAUAGAUCAUUGUACACCUCGCAUUGUGAAAUUAAGGGACUACCGCUUCCUGUUAAUGGACCCAUCGACAAUGGUGUUCUCUAAUAAUACUUGAUAACCAUCAUAUGAUUUGCUA